UACUGGAGUUGUCAGACAGUCAGAGCUGCUGAUCACACUGCUGGACAAUAUUUCAAAGAGAGAAUGUGGCUAUUCUCACCUCUGUAGCAUAGCUCUGUAAAGCCUCCGCACUGGGGACAUCUUAUCAUCUACUGAUUGAUUGAUACUUUAUUGAUCCUCAAAGGAAAAUUCAUCAUGAUGUUUCCACUUGAAGAGAUGAAGACCACCUGUCACUGUUCAGGUUACCAGGAGCAACAACAUCAGCCUCACACCAUCCUGUACAAUAUCCUGAGCCGGGCGGACAGUAACUACAACAACAACAACAGUCUGAUCAACAACAACCACGUGAACCAGUAUGACUACAACAUGAUAAAGCCUCACAACUGUCAUUGCGAGCGGCGACGGGCAGUGUGUCUGAAGAACCCUGAGGGAACCUGUCAGGUGGCGUCUGAUGUUCUGGUCAAAACCAUCCGCUUCAUGAAGAGUUUACCCUCCUUCAGUCAGCUUCCAGUGGAGGAUCAGCUAUCUCUGCUGAGGGACUGCUGGGUGCCCCUGUUCUCUCUGGGCCUGGCCCAAGAACGGACUGUGUUCGAGGUGAUGGAUGUACCACAGGCUAGCAUGCUGAGGAGGAUUCUCCUUAACAGUCAGGGGCCACAGAGUGAGGAAGAGCAAGAGGACGAAGAUGAGGGGAAGAGGUCUCUGCCCACGCUGGCUGGGGUGCAUAAACUCAGAUCCUGUCUGAACAGACUGUGGACUCUGAAUCUCAGCCCAAAGGAAUAUGCCUAUCUGAAGGGUGCUAUGCUGUUCAAUCCAGACGUCCCAGGACUGAGCACCACUGUAUUUAUCAACAGUCUCCAACAGGAGGCCCAGAGAGCUCUACAGGAGGUUGUCCUGACCCUUCACCCAGGAAACUCGGGUCGAUUCAGCCACAUCCUACUAUCGACUGCUGCCCUACAGGCUGUCAGCCAAUCACUCAUCACAGAACUGUUCUUCAGACCUGUUAUUGGUCAGGCGAAUCUGUUUGACUUGUUAAGUGAGAUGCUGUUUAUGAGACAAGAGUACAGCUGAAAGUUUGUGCGUGUGUAUGGUGUAUGUGUGUGAAUUAUAUUUUAGGGUAUUUUCUACUGACAAAUAUGAAUGUGAAGAUUGCAACUAAGCAAUACAAGUUUUAUAAACAAAAUGUUUCAGUAUCUCUCUUCUUUACACAUAUUUAAUCACUCUUCUAUCAUUCAUUUUUGGCAUACAUCUGACAAUUUAUCAGUGGUGUGAUAAAAAAUAAAUGAAGUGAGAGCUACUGUAUAUUCCA